AUGAACGUGGCGCGGGUGCGGGGCGUGCUGUCUUCGCACUAUUUGUUCGAGCCUUACUGCUGCCUGCAGCACUACAAAAGGGCUUUGAAGUUUUUGCUGCAGCUGCAGCGGGGCGGCGGUUUGCUGCUGGUUGUGGGGCGGCGGCAGCAGACGGAGUUGGCGCUGCAGCGGCACUUCCCGGGCCUCGCCGUCGCUGCUGCUGCUGCUGCGGGGCCCCACACGCAGCAGCAGCAGCUGCUGGCAGCAGCAGCAACGCGCUACAGCGCGCUGCUGUGUCUCGACUGUGUGGCUUUUGGGCCAUUUCUGCAGAACUUGAACUUGCCAGUUUUGGGUGUAUGUACACCCCGCGAGGUGUACGAACACCCCGAGCUGCUGCAGGUCAUUGACUACCUCAUUCCCCACAGCAGCAGCAGACACGACGCAGCACUUCGCAGACUCCUCGAAACCCAGAUCCUUGGCGCCGACAGCAGCAGCAGCAGCAGCAGCAGCGGCAGCAGCGGCAGCAGCAGCAGCGGCGGCGGCGGGGGAGGGGGAGGAGGGGCUGCGCAGGAGGCAGCAGACGCGCUGCAGCAGCAGCAGCAGCAGCAGCAGCAGCAGCAGCUCUACACGGGGCAGGAGCAGCAGCCGCAGCAGCAGCAGCCGCUGCUCGAUCGCAGAGCCCAUAAGCACAGCUGGGGGAACCAGCUGCAGGACCACCUCGGCCGCACGCAGCAGCAGCAGCAGCAGCAGCAGCAGCACCCGUACACGCACUAUCCGCAGCAGCAGCCGCAGCAGUACCAUUACCUGCAUCAGUACUACCAGAAGCAACAGCAGUACAACCAGCAGCAGAGGCAGUGGCUGCAGCAGCAACAGCUGCAGUACCAAAAGGCGCAGCAGCAGCAGCAGCUGCAACAGCAGCAGCAACAGCUGCAGCAGCAGCUGCAACUGCAGCAGCAGACGCGCCGCUUCGGGCGGCGGCACUAA